AUGCUUGAUGUCAACGAUUUCAUUGUGGAGCGUGGAGGAAACCCCGAUCGCAUCCGAGAGUCGCAACGUCGCCGGUUCGCAGACGAGGGAAUAGUCGAUCAAGUAAUCGCUUUAUUCGAGGACCACCGAAAGACUCAAUACAGCGCUUCGCAGAUUAGCAGCAAGAUCAAUGAGGUGCAGAAGCUGAUCGGAGCCAAGAAGAAGGCCAAAGAAGACGCGAACGACCUGCUGCAACAGAAGGUCGAGCUUGAGAAAGAGAAGAAGCUUACUGUCGAAUCUGCAACGCAGAAAGAAAAGAUCCUCCGGGCGAAAAUCAAGAGCGUCGGAAACAUCGUCGACGACAGCGUACCUGUCAGCAACAACGAGGACGACAAUGCCGUGCAACGUACGUGGGCGCCAGAAGGUGUUGCCGUGGAAAAACGCAACGUGCUCUCCCAUCAUGAAGUUCUCCUUCGCCUUGAUGGCUACGAUCCAGACCGUGGUGUCAAGGUCGUUGGCCACCGCGGUUACUUCUUACGACAGUGGGGCGUGUUCCUGAACCAAGCGCUCAUCAACUAUGGACUCGAGUUCCUCUCUCAGCGCGAAUACUGCCCUCUGCAGGCCCCUCAGUUUAUGUUGAGGGACUACAUGGCCAAGACUGCUCAGCUGGAUGACUUCGAUGAGCAGCUCUACAAAGUUGUCGAUGGAGACGAGGCAAACGACAAGUAUCUCAUCGCCACAUCUGAACAGCCGAUUUCAGCUUUCCACGCCGAUGAAUGGCUCAUUGCUAAAGAUUUGCCUAUCAAAUAUGCCGGUUACAGUACCUGCUACAGGCGUGAGGCUGGGUCUCAUGGACGAGAUGCAUGGGGCAUCUAUCGUGUCCAUCAAUUUGAGAAGGUUGAACAAUUUGUCCUUACCGACCCUGAAAAGUCCUGGGAAGCUUUCGAGGAAAUGAUUAGUGUUUCCGAAGACUUCUACCAGUCCCUGGGGCUUCCAUACCAGGUCAUCGCCAUCGUUUCCGGUGCGCUGAAUAAUGCGGCUGCCAAAAAAUUCGAUCUUGAAGCUUGGUUUCCCCAUCAAGGAGAAUACAAGGAACUGGUCUCGUGCUCAAACUGCACUGAUUACCAGUCGCGCGCUCUAGAUAUCCGUUUUGGUGCCAAGACUCAGACAGACACGAAGAAGAAAUAUGUUCACUGCUUGAACUCGACGCUGUGCGCCACUACGCGAACUCUAUGCUGUGUUCUGGAGAACUACCAAACUGAAGAAGGUCUUCGCGUCCCCGAACCGCUUCGAAAAUAUCUCCCUGGUGCACCAGAAUUCAUCCCAUUCGCGCCAGACCAGCCAAGGCUUCCUGUUGUUUUUUGGAAUCGAUUCACUGUGCGCGCGAGGCUGAAGCUGAAGCGACUCAACGGACAUCAUGGCCCAACGCAAGACAGGAAUCGGGAGGACCUGGAAUUGAGGGAACAGCUUGGGAAGUUUGCACACGAAGAUCAAAUGCCAUCCUGGCUACGACAUUAUCUCUUGUCUCACGACGACAACAGCAAAGACGGAGUGAUACGUAUGCUGCACGAUAUUUUGAAUGGCGAUAGUCAAACGAUAUCGGCCUACUUGGCUCACCCUGCCGUUAAUCGUAUCACAAAGCUGCGACAUGAAGGCAGUUUCUGCGGAUAUCGUAACAUCCAAAUGCUUAUUUCUUACCUCAUAUUAGCCACGGAAACCGGCCCACGCGCUUUCCCUGGUGGUGUGCCAAACAUCUUUCAACUGCAGGAUCAAAUAGAGGACGCUUGGGAUAACGGCUGCAACUCGAGAGGUCGGAACGAGACAGGCGGCAUCAAAGGCACAAGGAAGUUUAUCGGGACACAAGAGGCUCAAGCACUCUUUUUCAAUAUGAAAAUCAAAUGUAGCGCUCGCAGAUUUCAAGAUUCGAAAGAACGUUCAGCACUGGACCAAGUUCUAGACGACAUCAUAUCAUAUUUCCAACGGCCUCUCCCGAGUCUGGAGGUCGGCAGCAUCAAGGUCCGGAGCACCAUGCUACCUCCAAUAUAUUUCCAGCGCCCAGGCCAUUCAUUCACCGUCAUUGGUCUCGAGAAGACAGUGCACAACGAAUGGCAUUUACUAGUCUUCAACCCUGGAAAUCGCUACAGGGAUACCACGCACCAUUUUCCUUCCGUUUCACCAAGACGGAAGCAAGAUACUCUCGAACCCUACCGCCUACGGCCUGAAAGCCUGCGGAAAUAUAGUGAAUUUGAAUUACUUUAUCUCACUUGA